AUGUAUAUGGAUUUCACCUAUGGUGGUCAUAAUAUCAAGAAAACUCAAUGGGCUAUCCAACAUUGGAAUAGCAAUGUUUUAGUUGUAAAGGAAGAGUUCUUUUAA